AUGCGACGCCCGAACAGUUCGGGCCCCGCGGCGGCCCAGGGGCAUGAAGUUGAAGCGCGGGGCCUGAGGAAGCGAGGCCGGAGGGCGGAGCCGGGGCCAGGCGAGACGGGAGGCAGCGGCCCUGAGCCCGGGGGGCGUGAGGAGAACAGGAAAAAGCAGAGAAUGGUGGCCCCGGUGUCUGAGAGAGAACGAGUGGAAAGCGAGGCGUCGGGUGAGGUGUCCGGGGCUGGGGAGACCACGAGGCGGCGAGUGGAGGGGCCCGGAGGCCUGUCGGGGGACCACGCGGGGCCGUCGAGUGCGGACCGACCGGGCGUAGAAGCAGCGAAGGACGCCAGGCUCCCCUUGGAAUGGGAAAGACACACCAAGGAAAAAAGAAAAGCUACUGAAGCUUCAAGCGAUGAUCCACAGCCAGGAAUUGACCUGGUAAGGAAGGAGUCGUUAACCACUUCGGAAUCUUUCCAAACAGUGGAGUGCAGUGAAUUUCCAAGUAUGGCUUUCUUGCAGUCUUUGGGUAAGGAAGGUUUGGUAGAAGGUAUUAAAAGAAAAAUUCAGAUUAAAAAACUUAAAAGUUUAGAGAGCCUGUCUCUCAACAUAACCAAAAAAAAGGCUGCACAAAAUAUUAAGGUCGAAUUCCGAGAUGAACUGUACAAGAAUACUCCAAAAUAUUCUUGUAACAGCUUGUCACCUGGAAUAGAAAAUAAUUCCAUUUUAAAGUUACAUGAUAGUAAUUGUUUCCCCCAUUUUAAGGGUUGUAAUGAUGAAAACAACCUUGAACAUAAACCUGAUGGUGGAUGUAUGCAUGUGGCAGAAAAUUUCUCAAAGAAAGAAAAUCUUAAGAGUCUUGCAGAGAAGAGUGAUGGAAAUAGUAUUCCUCAACUUUUACAAACUGAAGAAAACUUAACGGGAGUAAAUAAAUUCUUGCUUGAAGAAAGUGAUUUAUACCAAAGUACAAGUAAUGGCUUACUUUCCUGCCUUCGAAGUGAAAAAAAAAAAAAUUCAAUGGAGGAGAGCAAUAUUGGGAAAAAACCCAAGAAAAAGAUGAAGUUGUCAGAAAAAGGAGAUGAAACAGUUCCUGAGAUGAGUUUCUCUAAUGUGUAUAACAAGUCUGCAUUGGUGUUACAAGAAAACCAAGUGUGUGCUGAAAGUAAAGAAGCAAGGACUUUAGAGACUAAAAAAGACCCUUACAAAGUUUUGAGGAACGUGAACCAUAAUACACACUCUCCAAUGGAUCAUUCAUUAAGCCUUCCAGAAACAGUAGGGAAAAAAACAAGUCCUGAACAUCAGGUAAAUGCUAAGUUUCGGAAAGCCUUUGACCCACUUUUGAAAGAAGAAACAAAGACUGCUUCAGAGCCCUCAGUAUGUAAGAAUACGGAGCCAGAAGAACACUUAAAGUUAGUGAAAAGCUCAAUAGUGAAGUCACCUAGUGAUACAUCCAGUCUUUCUGAUUACCAUCAUAUUGAAAGUCCUUCACAGGAAGAGUUGGGAAAUGAAGCUGAAGAAUCAAAGUUAAGCUGUCAUAGAACAAUACCAAUGACUGGUAAAAGAACUUGGCCUUGUUAUUCAUGUGCUAGAAUAUCUGUUCAGUGUUGGAAAAAGGCUUCCUUUCCAGAAUCAGAUUAUUCUUUUUCUGGGUGUGGGGAAAGUUUCAGUCAAGAUGAUUUCCUUAAACACCCAAUGAAUCAGACUCACUUAACUGAUUCCAAAGUAUUGUUACAGAGUUCCAUAACAGAAACAAACACCGAAUCUUCAAGUAAAGAAAAAUCGGAUUCCAAUGUGAAUUGUCUGUCUUCAGUUUCAAUAGAACCUCCUUUAAUGGUUGUAGAGGAACCUAUAAUCAGCGAUGAUAAAAAACGGAGGUCAGAGGAUCUGAGCAGAACCGGGCCAGAGGCAGCUUCGAAUACUACUGAAGAUACUCAGUUAACUAGUGUGACUCAAAGCUUGACAGGAAGUAAAAAAAAAGAUAAAGGGAGUUUAGCAAAACCUAAUUUGCCAGUGGCUUCCCAGGAUGGCCAGGAAGCAAAUAACUCUACAGGCAAAUCUAUUCAUCGAAAAGCAUGUAUUGCUAAGCAAACACUUGUGGUUCCAGAUUUGGUUAAAAUAUUGAACACAGGACGGCUGACUAAUUUUAAAAUUCCCUUGCUUAAGAAUAAAACAGGAAAAAGAAAAGAAGUAAAUACCAAGUCAUCAGAGAGAGAAGCUUAUAGUCCCCUAGAACUUCUUGAUAAUUUAUCUGUAGCAGAGGUAAGACACAAUAGGAAUAAAGAAAAUGUCUCCAUAGUAACUUCAGGAACUCAAUCUUUGAGCAUACAAAAUAGUACAACUCCAAUGCAGGCGAGUUCUGACUCAUUCUACAGUAAAAAUUCCUGUAGUAUUUCUUCAAGCUUUUCAAAGCAAAGUAAUAAUAAACCAUCCAGUCACAUCUCCAAACUAGGCAAUAUUGUUUCUAACAAGGAAGCCGUUUCUCUCAAAGUUGAAAAUAAUACUUUUUCUUGUGAUCCUGGGUGUAUAGGGAAAAGUACUGCCUUCUGUUCUAAUGAACAAGACAUAUUUGAACCAGUUUCCUCUGAAAAUAGGGGUAAAAAAAUGACUGAGAGCUUUUCAGAAAUUAAAGUGGAGUUUCCAGAUAUUCUUAAAGCAUAUGAAGAUGAUGUCCUCUUAAUUGAUGUAAUUCAAGAUGACCCAGACCUCUUUGGAGUUUCCAGUGAAGGGGAGCCUUCUUUCACAUCAGAGGUACCCGUGAUAAGCCUGGAGCCCAGCGUUGCUGAAGAGCACCAAACAACAGACUGCAAACAAAUGGAACUUCCAGAAAAAAAAGAACCAAGUGAUGACUUGAGAGACCUUCCUGUACUGGACCCUGAACUGAUGAAGUCGGACAUCUCUGCUUCCUUGUUAGCAGCAAAUGAGAUAAAGCAUGAAUCCAGAGGUCUGAGUAUUUCCUUAGGAGAGGUUACCAAUGAGACCACUGAAAAUGAAAAACUGGGAGAAUUCAGUGAACACAUAAAAGGUUCGGACUUGGAUGAGAAGGGUAUAUUUCCAGGCAAGGUGGCCAUUAAAGAAGAAAAGGAAAAUAUUUAUGAAGUCUGCAAAAGCAAAAAUUCUAAAAAUGCCGACAUCGUGGCUGGUGAAUGUCAGUUAGCAGCGCUGGGCUCAAAACCUCUAUGCUUAUUAGUGCCACCUUUAAAUCUAAGUACUCAUCAAGAAGACACACUCCUGAGACCCUGGAUGAAUGAUUUCAGAUUUCCAGGAAAACAUUCUCUCCUAAACUUGCAGAAUCCUGAAACUUGUGAAAUAUUUAAGAGGGAAAAAAAUCUAGGGGUGUUCCAGAAGCCUCUAGGAUUAAUGAUACCCCAUAGAUAUUGCAAAUUUCACUUUAAUACAUUACGUGGCUGUGAACGAUCACAGUGCAAGUUUGCUCAUGUCCCUGAGCAAGGGGAUGAAAAGGUUUGCAUGGAUGUGUUUAAGAAAUAUAUAAGUAUCAAUGAGUUAUGUUUGCUACAACGUGCAGUAAACAUGUUUAUGGAGUACUACAGAAAGUUCCCUCCAGGUAUACACUUUGAAGUACAAGUACUAAAUGACCUUCUAAAUUCUCUACUCAGACAUUGUUUAUUGAAAGAAGUAUUUCAGGUAGUGAACUUCACCAUAAUGCUGAAAAUGCUGCCUGCUCUGAAAGUAUUACUAAACAUAUUUGAACGUGUGGCCACUAUGAACUUCAGGAAUGCUGUACCUGCUUUAAUUGACAUCUUUUGCAAGCUUGUUGAGGCUGGGAUGGUACUUGACCCAGAACACUUUAACUAUAUUGUUAAGCUCUUAUACCAAGUACAGGCUUCCAAACAAGAAAUAACUGCAGUUCUGGAAAUGAAAUCCAGGUUACAGAUGAGGCAAUUUAAAAAGAAUUGGAAGUGUGAUUUACAGUCAGCCUUGAAUGAAAUAGAGCACUGUAAAGAAAAAGGUGACUGGAGCAAAUUGGGAAAUUUAUACAUAAACGUAAAAAUAAGCUGUGAAAAAUUUGCAGAUUUCCAGAGAUUUUGUUCUUGUAUUGCUGAAACGCUAACAAAAAACUUGAAAGAAGAGAGCCCAGUUGUUCCUUUUUGUGAAUUUGCUGAAACAGUUAGCAAAGAUCCUCAAAAUAGUGAAGUAGAUAAAACUUUGCUGGGAAGAAUCGGAAUCAGUGCCAUGUACUUCUAUCACAAAUUGUUACAGUGGUCCAAGGGAAGGAAAGUCUUAGAUAAACUAUAUGAAUUAAAAAUACAUUUCACAAGUUUAAAAGGACUUACAGGGCCCGAGAAGUUAGCACCAAGAUGUCAAAUUGUGAAUAUUGCUGCAGAAAUUUUUCUCAAAAGUGGAAGUAUAGAUGGUGCCAUUUGGGUCUUAAGGGAGUCAGAAUGGAUAAUCAAUACACCACUGUGGCCUUGUGAUAGACUGGAUGUACUCAAUCGACAUAAUCUGCUCUGUACAAUUGCGCAUGAAAUCUUAACCAAGAGCCUUUACAGACAGACAUUUGAAGUUUUGCAAAAUCUACCGGGUUUUCAAAAUUCUCAAGAAACUGUGGAGGUUUCACAGUAUAGCCUUCUUUUUAAUAAACUUCUAGAUGCCUGUAUAGAAAGCAACAGUCUUGGUAUGUCAUCCUCCGUAGCAGAAUUCAUGUUUUCAAAGAGCAUCCCUAUUGAUUUUUCCUUUCUUAGAAGAUUAAUUACUUCUUUAGGAAGGAGUUCUUUAUGGCUCAAAGCCAGAGCCCACUACAAAAGUGCUCUGUCUUUGGGCUGCUAUCCACCGUUGGAGGGAAAUUUAUACCGAAAACUUCUACUGAUUCCUUCUUAUUUAUCUGAGAUUGAAAUGCUUUUAGCCAUUGAAAUUUUCCUGGUAUCUAAUGCUAGUAGUAUUCAGAGUCCUGGAACUUCUACACAGACAUUGCAGAUAGUUUUGAAAAGAUGUGAAAAAAACAAACCUCGGAGCAAGGACGAUUAUCAAGCUGCAGUGGACAGGUUAAUUAUGGCUGCUCGUAUAUCGGACCCAAAGCUUUUCAUUAAGCACAUGACCGUCAAUGUUAAUAAGGAACAGGUUUAUAGUUUGGAACAUUGUUCUGCCUUGAAAUGGUUGAAAGAGAAUAUGAAGUGGGCUGGGAAGGUUUGGCUUUUCAGUAACCAUUAGUUAAUAAAGGCUUUUUUUUUUUAAGUUCAAGUAAUCAUUGUUGAAAAUAAAAGGCAAUAAAAAUAAAGUUUUCACUGUAUUCAGCUUGUGUACUUUAUUGAUUUACAGUAAGUUAAUAGUUUUCAAACACUAAAAGUUUUGAUUGAUAUUUACAAUUUACAGUGGUUUUUCCUACACUGAAUAGUGAUUAUUCACAUUAUUUUUUGGCUUCUCCUUAAGUUAGGAGAACCCAGCUAUGGUAAAUCCCUCCCUGUUUAUUCUGAAAUCCAAACAAUGAAAAACCACAAACUGCAUGUUGUGCAGCAUUUAAUAACAGGGAGGCAUAAGAGGGAAAACACGCAAGCAGGUAACUGGAGUUUUCAGAAAAUCUUUAGGGGUAUGAAACAGGUUUAGUGUAUGCUCAGUCCAAUUUCUAAAGCCUACUCUACGUCUAUAAUCCAAACUAGUACAAUGAUAUUGAAAAGUAACUCAAACACUAAACUCUAAAUUAUACACCCAAAAAAGUUAAAUUACUGUCAGAAUCAUUUUCCUUUAGUGUACCUUAGCUUACUGUGAUUUUUGAAAAUUUACAAUUCAUUUGUGCAACAUUAAGUAUGACUAAGGAAAACAGUAUUUUAAACAAACAUGCUGGAACUUAAAUAUCUAAACAAGGAUUGAUUAUUCCUUUCAAACCAGCUUAGAAGUUAAAACUCAUGAAGUCAUCUUCAGAAUCUAGCACAGUCCUUCUCCAAGGUCAUGAUGCUCAUCUUUGAUACUUUAGAUUUGGUACUUUAUAAUUUAAAAUCAUGUAAAGAAAACUCUGAAUAAGGUGAGUAAUAAAAGAAUAAGGUGUGACUUAUUCUAGAGGGACUGAAUUUCCUAAAGGAGUUCCCAAAAUAUGGUAAUGGCAGCAUCAUUGGAAUAGAUCUAUAACCUCACAAGACUAGAAAAGUAAAUUCUAACACUUAGCAAAAUACCUUACUAUCAUGAAAUGUGGAAUGAAUACUAUCAUGGGUGGGAGGUAGGAAGCAAGGCAGAGGAGAGGUCAAAAAAGAAAGAUGCCCAGUUCUCUAGUAUGAACACACUGGGUGACUGGAAGUGAAUUAAACUUGCAGAUUACCACCAUCAAUAUGAGGUGCCUUUAAGGACAACUGGGAAUGUUAAGUGGGCAGUUAUAAAUUGUGUGUGUUGAGUGGGUUCUGACUCAGUGACCCUAUAUAAGAGUAGAACUGCCCCAUAGGGUUUUCUAGGCAGAAAUCUUUACAGGAGCAGAUUGCCAGGUCUUUACUCCAGCAGAGCUGCUGGAAGGUUCGAACCUUUCAGUUAGCAGAUGAGUGUUUAGGCAUUCUGCCACCAGGGCUUGUUACCUCUCUAUCAGUGGUGGAGUCCCUGGGUGGUGCAAAAGGCUAACCCUCCACUGCCAACCAAAGCGGGGUGGAGGUUGGAGUCCACCCAGAGGUACCUCAGAAGAAAGGCCUGCUGAACUAAUCUGAAAAAUCAGCCAUUGACAACCCUAUGGGGCACAGUUCUACCCUGACAUACAUGGGGUCACCAUGAGUGAAUCAGCAACUGAGACCCUAAGAAAGGAAUUGGAGAAGUGUACGACCGUUUAAAUCUGGGUAGUAAGGAUCCAUUAGAGGGCAUGAAGAUGUGAGAAAGAAGGGGUGAUAGGUUAAGUUUUUAGGAAAAGUAAGAUAGGAUGGGGUGCUUCGCAAGUGGCUGGGUUCUUUUCUCAUGAGAAGUUGAGUCUGGGGCUGGAACAAAUGGAAGCUUUUUUUUUUUUCCGCUUCAGUCAAUAGUGCCUAAAGCUUCAGUAAGGUAGAAGGGGAAAGAACUGUGAUUGUAUUUGCCUAGUUUUAUCUAUGGCAGUUCCUGGAGGAAUCAAAGUUAACAGGAGCUAAGAGUUAAAAAGCCCACGCUGAAGUUCUUAAGGACAGAAAGUAGGUUAGAGGCAAAAGGAGAAUGGGGAGUUAAUAAGGACAAAGUUUCUGUUGGGGGUGGUGAAAAGUUUUGGAAAUACAGUAGUGAUUAUGACAGCAUGACAUUGUGAAUUUAAGGAAUGCCACUGGCUUGUACACUUAAAAAUGGCUAAAAUGGCACACGUUGUGUGUCAUAUGUUUUUUACAGUGAUAUAUUUUUAAAGCUAAUGCUGAUAGUGGAGAAGGCUUAAGGUUUUAACCCUUUUGUGCCCUGCGUUACAUACAGCAACCCUGAGCUUUUUCAGCCUCUGGGGUUUAUGGGGAAGCUGUACCGCUGACAGUAUGCUGUUACAAGUAUGAAAAUGAAGAAACAGGCAUGUGCCACA